UCAGUGCUGUCAUCAUUCAGAAGCCCAUUCGUAGACAGGAGUGAAAGGGAGUACAAGAAGUCCAGAAUUUUUUUUUAAGAUUUCAAAAACUUACUCGCACUUUUUUUUUACUCUGUCUUGCAAAGGAAUGGUCAAGCAGUGAACUGUAAAUGAGUUCAUUCCCAACCUCCAGGAUGUCUGGAGGCGUGGAUGUUCAGCUUCCAGGAGACCCUAUCUUGUCAGAGCAUCAUGGACGACGGCGUCCUCAGAUCCUUUAUUUGCCUUCCCGUUCCACAAAUCGUAGACGUCAGGUAAAAGAUCACGUGAAGCUGGUGAGCCCUUCGGAGCUGGACUCUGCUUUGAAGCAGGGCUCACCACUUGUUCUUGAUUGCAGGCCAGCCUUUGCCUUUGGAAAGGGGCAUGUGGCUGGUGCUGUGUCCGUCCGCUGUUCGGAUCGUAUUAGCCGGAGACGACUACAGCAUGGAAGAUUGGGUUUAUGCGACUUGAUCUCAGAUCAGACAGCCAAGGAAAGGUUGGAAACCUGUAGGGGCUCUGAGGUGGUGCUGUAUGAUGAUGGGACGUCUGAGGCAGAGCAGCUAACGGAAGAUCACCCUUUGUCUCCUGUCAUCUCUUCAAUCCGGGAGAUGGGAGCCCGUCCUGUCUUGCUACGAGGUGGCUGGCAAGAAUUCUCCAGAAACCAGCAAAGCUCUUGCUCUUCUCCUCCAACCCCUGAAGAAGAGGAAUGUCCACCUUCUACAUUUGCUAUAGAGAGCCCUCGUGCAACAGCCAUCCUUCCUUUCCUGUAUGUUGGCAACGAGAGAGAUGCAGAAGAUCUGAGUGGAUUAAAAGAGCUCGGAAUUGGUUAUGUGCUCAAUGUUACCAAUCAUGUUCCUGGUUAUUGCGAUGACAAAGGUUUUGCCUUCCUAAGACUACCAGCUAUUGAUUCCUAUCAGCAAAAUAUAAAACAGUAUUUCAACAAGGCAUUUGCAUUUAUCGAUGAAGCCCGUCAGCGGAACAGUGCCGUCUUGGUGCACUGCCAAGCAGGUGUAUCUCGUUCUGCCACAAUUGUUAUUGGUUACCUUAUGUACCACACGAGCAUGUCCUCAAUGGAAGCCUAUCAGAUGGUCAAGAGCAAGCGACCCAUUAUCUCUCCCAACCUCCACUUUAUGGGGCAGCUGCUAGAACUGGAACAGAUUCUUCAGAACAAUCAAGACUGCAGCAUCAGUUGAUGUUGCCCACAGUAGCCUUCAUUCUUCAUGAAAGUUGCUUGUGGAUUCUCUUCUUUUGGAAACAACUUAAGCAUGAUGGGAAUAAGGAAUGAAACCCUUCACUUGGUAAUUCAAGUAACAAGAUAUAUUUUAAAGGUUAACAUUGUGAAGAAAAUAGACUUAUAAAGAAAAUAGACUUCAUGUGUAUCAAGUGUUUUUAAAUUAGGCUGUUAUAGAAGGAUAUAGGUCAGAUGUUGAUUGAAAUUUGCAUUUUAUGAAUACAUUUAUAUGCAAUUUUGAUAUGACUUACUUUUAUUUAAGCAAUGUUUUUAUAAAGCACUGUAUUUUAGCCACCGUGAAUUAUAUUGUAUCAUUUUACACUAGUAUGAAUGGACUGUGAAUUCAGUUUGUUAUUUUUAGUAGUAUAAGUCUGUUUAAUUAAGUAGAGUAGAAAAUAAUUAUUAAAAUGUAUGAAUGGAGUGGUUAUUUUUAUAAUUACAUAUGAAUAUUAUAAAGGAAAUUGUCUUUUACUUAAAAAAAUUCAUGUAGCUACCUAUAUUUUCAUAUGUAAUGAGUAUAAAUGGCUCUUGAUUGCAGUAUAUUGAUGUGGGAUGUUCAGAAAAACCUCAUAUUAUUUCAAUGAUAUUAUUAAGAGUUAGUAAAAUAUAUUGAGGUUAUAGUUAUGCGUUUUUCAAUAGUAGUGUCUUUUCUGUUUUCAAUACAUCUUUUUUGUUCUGUUUCUUUAAAAACGUGUUUAGGUUCGUAUAUUGUGUUAUGUAUAUGUAUAACAAGUAUUACCCACUUAAUGUUGUGCGAUAUGGCUGAUAUGUCUGUUAGAUGUAACGGUCUCUUUCAACUGUUUUCAUUUUCAUUGUAACUCAUUUGUAUUUAUCUGGUCAGUGUUCUCCACCAAAAAGGUGCCUUUGUGUGUUCACAGAUCUAAUUCACCCUAUUUUCGUAUUCAUGUAUGAAUAAGCAUUUGUAUUUUUGUAUUUAGGCAGUUAUUCUUGCAGUAUUUUGUCUAUAUAACAAUGCUAUAUGAUAAUUUACCACAAUCAAAGCCUCUAGCCAUCAUGGAAGUUCAGCCAUGUGACCUAAUAUUAUGCUUAACAAAUCUAGUCAAAACCAAAGUGCCUCAUCUUGUGUCAACUGCCUGUGUAUGUAGGGGACCACAGCAUCUUGGAAUCAAAUUGUAUGGUGCCUAUAUCCUUAUAUAAAUAUAUAUCUCAAGCCUUCAUCCUUUGUCAUAUGUAGAAUAGAUGAUGCUGAAUAUUUAUUUUAUAAUAAAUUGCUUUUUAUCAAUUUGAA